GGUCGACGAGGCCCUCUUUGCAUAUCCCUGCGGCAUUCCACGGCAGGACCAAGCCCUCGUCAUGCAGCUCAGGGACAGCAAGUCGUUGCCUCCUUUGCGACUAGUGCUCCAUGUACCGGAUGUUGUCCCCACGACUGCUUCCGACACGCAUCCUGCGUUGGUUUUUCCAAGACAAGGCAGCACGAUGCUGCAUACGUCUGCGCCCUUGAAAGAGACGUAUCAUAUUAGAGAACUCGCGUCUUCGUCGUCGUCGUACACAAAGAGGCAACAGUUGCCUGACGGAAGGGGCCGUCUCAUAGCAGGAACUGCCGGCCAUGGUUCCCCAUCGUUUCUGCUGCUUAACCACACCAUCAUAACCACCGUCGCAGAUCUGUUGAGCGCGCCGUGGUCUGUCAUUGGCCCGUCACUUCGAUAUUUUGCAUUGCUUUGUCACUUCUGUCGUGGCGCGCCAUCCCUACUGCAAAUCGCUCCCUGUCGGCGAACCCUCCUCCAGGGGAACAUACCACACGUCGUCAAGCGUCUUCUGAGGCACGCCCCAGAGCCGUUGGGCGGUAAUUGUGGCAAAAGCCGUUGCAUUUCGCGCGGCAUCCUCCGCAAAUUGAAGAGGUGGUGGUGGUGGUGGUGGUGGGUCGUGCGCAAGCAAAACUGGCUUUUGAUGGGUUAUUUCUCCAAAUCCUUAUCCUCCAGUCAGUAUGUAUUGCGCUCGACCUCCUGCAACCCUAUUGAUCGAUCCACCACCACGCCGCUCUCGUACGAAUGCAACCCUGAUCGGAGCUCAUGGAACGGACAGCAAGGUUGAGGCGUGGUUGGAGAGAGGGGGGCGGGGGGGGAGAGAGAGAGAGUUGUAUCUCGCUUCGCUCCACGGCGAUCGCCGUUGAUUAAUGAUACAGCUUCCCC